AUGUCGGAAAUCGCUAUUUCAUUGGAUACUUUGAAGGUAUCCGCUCUUUCACGCACAUGCAGCAUUUACAGUAACCAGACUCGAUCACAGUGUAGCGAUUAUAGCAGGAUGAAUGGAUGUAACCCCCGUAUUGGAAUGUGUCGAAUACGGGUCGCAUCUUGUGUAAUAGGAUUGGUCAGCGUAGGAAUUUCGGUUGUUACGAUUUGCUGUUUACUCUAUGUGUCGGGAAGUCUCUCAGAAGAAGUGCAGAUUAUAGUAUCCGCUCCUAUCUCUGGCCUAGUACUAUUCCAAAUCUUCACAGCUUUACUGCUUAUUAUUGGAGUGCUGAUUGAUACCCACUAUCUACUUGUACCUUUUUUGCUAAACGCGGUGGUGCACAUUUGCAUCGCUAUCGGUAUCGCCACAAUGGUAUUACUAUCCUCAGGCGAUGUGAAAAGAUUGUAUGGCCCUCAUGUAAGUCUAUGGAUUUUUCAUCCAAUAAUUUUUUAGAA